AUGGCCUCAAUCCCUCAGUCCACCAACCCCGAUUUGGUCGAUUGGGAAGGCCCAGAUGAUCCCAUGAAUCCGAUGAACUGGCCCCUGAGAAAGAAAGUCGCCAUAACCAUCACCGUGGCACUGCUCACCAUUUUAACGUAUGAGACUGAUUCCCAAGCCCCCUUCGUCGGUAGUUCGGGAACUAAAACAAGGAUAAAUCCUAGGCCACUGGGAUCAUCGAUUGUAGCACCAGCUGCCUUCCAGAUCAUGGAGGAAUUCCAGCAGCCGCAGAAUGAUGAGUUGAGUGCAUUUGUAGUCUCGGUCUACCUUCUUGGGUACGCUUUUGGACCGAUGAUACUCGCCCCUCUGUCUGAAUUAUAUGGACGCAACAUCGUCUACCAUAUCUGCAAUGUACUCUACCUCCUCAUGACCAUCGCGUGUGCCCUGGCUCCUAACCUUCCGGGCUUCAUGGUGUGUCGUCUGCUGGCCGGCACGGCUGGCAGUGCGCCAUUAUCCAUCGGAGCAGGAUCGCUCGCGGAUAUUAUUCCCUCAAAGAACCGCGGGUUGGCAAUGGGGGCGUGGGUGCUCGGUCCUGUGCUUGGACCGGUCAUAGCGCCCAUAGGUGCGUAUCUCCCCAGAAUCGGUCCCCUGACGCCUGGAGCACACUGA